AUGGACCCCUCCCCCCAGUAUGACCUCGCCCCGGCCCCCUACGGCCACGCCUGCAUGAACUGCUCGCAGUCCAAAUGCAAAUGCAUCCUGCCCAAGGGAGGAGGACGAUGCCAGAGGUGUCAGCGCUUGAACAAAGAAUGCCGACCGUCGGCAUUCCACCGACGGCAGACGUCGCGCCGAUCUUCCAAGACAGGACGGCUGGAGAAGAAACUCGACGAUCUUGUCACGCUGCUUCGUGCCAAGGAGCAGUCUGCUGAUGGCCCGGUGGGGAAGUAUGCGGGAUUGAUCGAGGAAUUGAGGGGAGCGCCCGAGACUCAGACUCAGACUCAGACUCAGACUCAGGCUCAGUCUCAUGCGCGUAUCUCUCGCACCGUCUCGCCAGUCGAGAGAACCAUGGGUGUUGGAUACAUGACCCCGGCAACUGGCAAUUCGCAGGACAGGCAUGGACUGGGGCGGUCAUCCGUCGACCCGACACCAGCGCAAGCAGAGGAGUAUCUGGAUGUGUUUGCGACGCAAAAGCUGCCCUAUUUUCCGCUGCUUUGCUUUCCCCCGAACACCACGGCGCAGCAGCUCCAGAAUGAGCGCCCCUUCCUGUGGCUUUGCAUCAUGGCGGUCGUGUCAAAGAGCUCCCGUCAGCGAAGCGCUCUCUGCGAUAAAGUCAGGGACACGGUCGCGCAGCGCAUGGUGCAUGAGUUCGUUGGUCGCGACCUGGAUUUCCUGCUGGGCCUUCUGGUGUUCAUGGCAUGGUCCAACCAGCAAGUCUUCAGAAAACUGAACAUGAGCGUUUUCGGCGAGUUCGCAAAAACCGUGGUGUUUGAACUGACACUCAACAAGCCUCCAUUGUCGGACGGGGCAUUGCUAAUAUGUAACCUCCAACCCACCCCCGAGGAAGUCCCUCCUGCACCACCCGUCCGCACAAUGGAGGAGAGACGGGCAGUGCUCGCCUGUUUUCUGCUUACAUCCAUGGUCUCUCUCUUCCUCCAGAAGAUCGACCCCCUCCGCUGGACGCCCCACAUGGACGAAUGCCUGCACGUCCUCAGCGAACACCCCGAGUGUCUGAACGACGAAGUCCUCAUCCACCAGGUCCGCCUCCAGCUGAUCAACGAGAAGAUCCACCUCAGCGACUGGCACGGCGGUCUCGCAGCCACGCACGAGCCCCUGAAGGCCCCCACGUCACUGUACCUCCACGCCAUGGAAUCCCAACUCGGCGCCGCCCAGAACAAGCUCUCCCUGCACUCGCAGCGCUACAAAAUAAUCCACCUCCACCACUUGAACACAGCCCUCACCCUCCACGAAUCCUCCCUCCUCCCCCAAACCGCCAGUCUGCCCUUCCACCCCCCCAAUCUAAACUUCCAAGCCCUCGAAAACCUCCACGCCAGCCUCAACGCCGUAAAAGCCUGGCUGGCCACGUUCCUCGCCCUCCCGCCCUCGGAAUACACCAAUUUCCCGUUCUCCAUCUUCGUGCACCUGGCGCGCAACCUCGCCGCGCUGUACCGGCUCUCCACGCUGGACGACCCCGCCUGGGAUAAGGCGUACGUGAGACGCGAGGUGGAUAUCAUGUGGGCGAUGGACCGGUUGAUUGGGAAUCUGGGGCUGGCGGCGGAGGAAGCGCGGUCGGUGGGUGGGGAGGAUGUGGUCUUUUAUUCGAUUGAGAAGUAUGAUUCUCUGAGGAGGGCUUGGGGGGGGGAGGUGGGGGUAGGGGGUGGGAGUGGUGUUGCUGUUAACACUGCUACUACUGCUGCUGCUACUGCUGCUACUGCUACUGCCACUGCUACUGCUACUUCUACUGGUUGUGGUGUUGGCGAUGGGCCGAGAAUGGGGUUGAUGGAGGCGGAGGUGCAGCCGGAGAUCCAGGAUCUGGGGAGUGUAGGCCUGGGGACGGGGUUCGAUGAUUGGUUUUCGGAUUUUUUGAACUCCAUGGUGCAGUAG